ACCCACUGAAUAAAAGGUGCAGUGGCGCGCACGGGAUCAUCUGAGAAUGUUACGGCGUUCCCGCUCCAAAAGCCCUAACAGCCUUUCCCUCCAUCUUUCUCAUACCCGGCAGCGCCUUUCAGCCGUCGUAGUGAGUGGGAGGGAGGUAGACACUAGACAGAGGAAGCGAAGGAAAGGGAUUCUUUACUGAACGAAAGGGAUAUCAAACCGAUUCUGGAAGAGUAUCGGCCCCCGUCUGAGGAUCUUAUUCAGAGAUCGAAGGUUUGGAAAUCUUUCUUCAAUUCAUUCGUCUGAGGAUCUUAUUCAGGAGGGACUGUGGUGCUCUGAUUUGUGGUUUUGGCGAGAGUGAGGAUCGCAGAAAUGGUGGGAUUAUCUAUAGGAGAGAAGUAUUUCAUACAGGGUGGCAUUGCUCAGGACCUUCGCACUGAUGGUCGGAAAAGAUUGACGCCUAGACCCAUCUUUGUUGAAACUGGAGUCAUUUCCCAGUCAAAUGGUUCAGCAAGGGUCAGGAUUGGUGCCACAGAAGUCAUUGCCAGUGUGAAGGCUGAACUUGGAAGGCCGAGCGCAUUGCAUCCUGACAAAGGAAAAGUCUCUAUAAAUGUUGAUUGCAGUCCAACUGCAGCACCAAUGUUUGAGGGUAGAGGGGGUGAGGAGCUGUCCGCAGAACUCUCAGUUGCUCUUCAGCGUUGUCUAUUAGGUGGUAAAAGUGGAUCAGGUGCUGGAAUUGACCUCUCUUCUCUGGCAAUUGUGGAAGGAAAGAUUUGUUGGGAUCUUUACAUUGAAGGCCUUGUUGUUAGUUCAGACGGAAAUCUACUAGAUGCCCUAGGUGCUGCUAUUAAGGCUGCUUUGAGCAAUACAGGCAUCCCAAGAGUAAAUGUUGCAGCUGGUGCAUCAGGAGAUGAGCAACCAGAGGUUGACGUAAGCGACGAGGAAUUUCUGCAAUUUGACACAUCCAAGGUCCCUGUCAUUGUUACAUUAACGAAGGUAGGCAGGCACUAUAUUGUAGAUGCCACAUCAGAAGAGGAAUCCCAAAUGAGCUCAGCUGUUUCUAUUUCAGUCAACAGGCAAGGGAACAUAUGUGGGUUGACAAAAAGGGGUGAUGCAGGCCUAGAUCCAAGCGUCGUUCUUGACAUGAUAUCUGUAGCACAAAGUGUAAGUGAGAGGCUGAUAAACACAUUGGAUUCUCAGAUAGCUGCGGCUGAAGCUGGUGAAGAUGAGUUGUGAUGAUAAGUAGAACCUCUGAUACAUUAAAGCAGGUGUAGGUGGGUUCACACAGGUCCUAGUUAUAUGAAAGAUUGUAAUUCUGAAUUUCUGAUAGUACAAAAAAGCUAUGCGAAUAAUUCAAAUUUGUUGUAUCAGUAUCUGGAACCCUUGUCCAAUGUUAGUAUUGGCAUGCUGUUAAAGACCAAGAGUUUGCUAAGAUUGCUUUUGUAGUCCAGAACCCCAGAUAUCCAUCAUUUUGACAUUGGUUUCAUUGUUUUAAUGAGAGAUAUGAACAAGAGUUCCUCUCUAACUUUGGAAUUCAUUA